CUUUCUGCCCGGACCAGCAAGAAGUCGGGAGUGCCUAUCAUUUCGGUAACCAGCCGGCACAUCAGCCGCUAAAACAGCCCUUAAAUCAGCCCUUAAAUCAGCCGUUAUCUCCGUGGAAACCAGCCUGUUGAUCCCAAGAUGCCCAAAAAGAAAACCGGUGCCCGGAAAAAGGCAGAGAGCCGUAAAGAGCGAGAGAAACAGAGCCGAGCCAACCGGGAUGUCGUCGAUGUGGCCAAACACCCCUGCAACGCCAACAUGGAAUGUGACAAAUGUCAGAGAAAACAGAGGAACAGAGCUUUCUGCUACUUCUGUAACUCAACGCAGAAGCUGCCUGUCUGCGCUCAGUGUGGCAAAACUAAGUGCAUGAAGUCAUCAGAUUGCGUCGUCAAACAUCCCGGGAUCCACAGCACCGGGAUGGCCAUGGUGGGGGCAGUAUGUGACUUCUGUGAAGCUUGGGUGUGCCACGGCAGGAAAUGUCUGAGCACUCAUGCAUGUGUGUGUCCUCUGACUGACGCAGACUGCAUUGAGUGUGAACGCAGUGUGUGGGAUCAUGGAGGGCGAAUCUUCCGCUGUUCCUUUUGUCAAAACUUCUUGUGUGAGGAUGAUCAGUUUGAGCACCAGGCAAGCUGCCAAGUCCUCCAGGCAGAAACAUACAAAUGUGUUUCCUGUAAUAGACUGGGACAGCACUCCUGCCUGCGCUGUAAGGCCUGUUACUGUGAUGACCAUGCCAAGAGUAAAGUCUUCAAACAGGAGAAAGGCAAAGCUCCGCCCUGCCCCAAGUGUGGUCACGAGACUCAGGAAACCAAAGACCUCAGCAUGUCUACUCGCACUUUGAAAUUCGGCCGACAAGCUGGUGGCGACGACGACGAAUACUACGACGGAGCAUCAGGGUAUGACGCCUACUGGAAGAACAUGGCGUCUGGAGGCGGCCAACAGGACGACUACGGAGAAGAUGACGAUUACGAGGAAGAUGAGGACGAUGAGGAGGAAGAGGAUGAUGAGGAGGAAGAUGAAGAUGAUGAAGAGGAGGAAGAAGAGGGUGAAGAGGAAAAGGCUGCUGUUUCUGUGGCUGGUCUCAAACUGGACGGAGCUGUGUGAGCGGAGACAGACUGGAAAGCUCAGUCCCACAGAUCCAAAUGAGCCUCAGCAUAUGUUCGCUUGUUACGAUGCAGGAAUGAAUACAGACAUCAAGAAUUAAAGAACACAGUCAGCAAAACUAAAAUUGGGUAUCAAUACCCGUCCAGAUACCCACACUGAUGUACUUACUCUGAGAAAUAUAAAUGCUUUUCUACAAAACCCACUAAAGCAGCAGCGCAAGGGCUACGAUAACAAUAUAAAUGUGAAAAAUAUGUAAAAUCUGACUCAGACAUUCACACACUCUGUUAAAUUGAGGUUUUGCAACCCAUCCCCCGGGUGACUUGGUUUCUGCUUUGUUAUUACAUUCAGAAAAUGAUUAAUGCACUAGAAGAUACCAGGGCCAGAAUUAGCUGUAAACCUCUUUAAUUCUCUUUAAUACGCACCAGUCGUUACAGGCCUCCUCCAUAUAACAGGAGAUAGCGCAGCAGUUAAGUAGCUGUCCCACCAGUAGUAUGUUGUAAUCAUCAGGAACAAUUUGUCAGCUUUGUCUCAGAGAUGAAUGAUUUCUGUCAGUUUGGUAUGACAAAUGGCUAUGAAUGCUACAAACUGAGAAGAAGCCUGUAAUACCUUUCUCCAUCAACAUGGAACAGGUUCCAUUAAGAGCAUUUCGACCAAGCAGCAACCUCCGAGGCUCAAAAAUGAAGCCAAUGUGGAAGUGCCAAAAAAUGCAGUUCAUCGAUUUGCCACUUAAGUCUGGCUCCAAAACAGAGGCAAUCCUCAUAGACCCCUCAUCUCUCACUUCUGGCUCCAAAAAACCAAGAUGGCAACAGCUGAAAUGUCAAACUCUUGGCUUUAAAACCAGGCCCCCAGGAAGAACGCAGGACUUUGAGGCCAAUUUUCCUUGUGGCAAAACAUUGUUGCAUCAUCACGUGAUGCCCUGUGGCCCAAAAAUCACUGGGUAUGUUUUUUUUAGCAUCACAACCCCUGUGAAAUUUACAGGACUUGCUGCGAUCAGUGUGAUGACAUUUAGAAAGUGCAGAAGAGCUGCAGAAUUUAAUAUUUUUAUCCCCAUUUCAUGUUAGUGGAUAGCUAAUCUGGAAGUUGUCCAAUCAGCCAGCAAAAGGUAGCCGCUCAGCUGUACAUGGCCGCAUUGCAGGUUUUAAAUAGUAAUGAUAAUAAUAAUAACUCUUGGGAUCCUCAUGAUUAAGUUUAUAUUGUUCCUUUAGUGCUUCACAUUCCCAAACAAAUUAGCUGUUAUUGAAACCACACACACCCACAAAGCCCAUGUGUGUGUUUGGUAAUGCAGCACUGAAUACAGUCUGAAAUAAAAAGUUGUAAUCAUGAUGUCUUUACGGUGUAAUAACUGUUUUUCUGCUGAGGAAUUCAUCUGCAUCUUAUUGUGGUAACUGACUGGGUUUAACCUGCUUCAGUGCAACACAAAGGUUGUCCAAACAACUUGACACAUUUGCCGUGAUCCUUGUAAUCAGCUGCAUUUGUGGAGAUAUGUUUGUGUUAAAUAUGCCAUUAAAUAAUAAAAAAUA